AUGGCAGUUGCAUUUCGAAAGGUAUGGUUCAGGAGGAAUGACUAUGUAUUUGAAAAAAGGCUUUCAUGCCCAACAAGAAUUCUUAAAACAGCAAAAGAGUGCCUUGAGGAGUUUCAGCAAUCUCAAAGAAUCCAGAAGAAGGAAGGUCAAACACCAAGAUCUAACUUAAUGCAGAAAACCUGGAAAAAACCAACAAGAGGGAUAGUUAAGGUGAAUUGGGAUGCUUCAUUGGAUCAAAGGAAGAAAAGGACGGGAGUGGGAAUCAUAGUCAGAGAUGAAGAGGGAGAGGCUUUAGUGGCUGUAUGUGACCAAAGACAACAUGUGCAGAAUCCAACAGUAACAGAGGGUUAUGCACUGUGGAAGGCGAUGGAGUUGUGUAAUGAACUUAAUAUACAGAAGGUCAUCUUUGAAGGUGAUGCAAAGGCUGUUAUUCUAGCAGUUUUGAGUAAUGAGGAAGACUUAUCAGUUGGUGGUUCAUUGAUUGAAGAUAUACGGUUUGUUCUAGCAAACAGACCAGAUUGGUCUAUACAAUUUGCUUAUAGGGAACUAAAUAAUGUGGCUCAUGUUUUAGCUAAAGAAGCUUUAAGUUUAGAAGAAAAAAAGGUUUGGAUAGAAGAAGUUCCAGCUUGUAUUGCAGCUUGUUUGGAAAAAGAAAAAUAUUGUACUGGUUAA